AACCCGCCAGUUCAAAAAUUCCCACUCCAAAGUCGAAACCACCACCCUACCUAUAUAUAACGUCCAUGCUCUGCUCUGUUCUGUUCUGUUUUUUUCGUUCCUUCCUUCCAAUUGUAUUAUAUCCAGCGUAAUUAUCGCCGUUCACUUGUAUAAAAAUCGUUUCUAUCAUUUCCCCAUCCAGAAAUUAGGAUUUGCUUAGUCACAUUUUCACAACUUUCUCUCCAUCUCCACAUCUCUCUCCCUCAUUUUCCUGGAAAGUUUUGGGAGAGAAGCCACAUCACUAUAACUUUCUCUCUCAUUUUCCCGAGAAAGUUUGGGGUGAAAGAAGGGAGAGAAAGGGAGAAAUCGAGACAAAUUUGCAAAAUCGAUACACGAUACCUUACCCUAAGCUAUCAACAGAGACAAAAAGGAAAGUAACGAGAAUCAACUCAUGUUAAUAAUUCUUUCCUCAGGAUUUAUCCUCUGAAGCCAAAACCGUAAUUUUUUAUUCUCUUUUUCCAAGAACAAAAGAGAAGGAGGGACGAGAAUGGAUUUCGAUAUGGAAGAAGUUUAUGUUGAGCAUUUUUUUGCUAAAGAAAUCGAUAUUGAUUACGAGUUUGAUGCAGCUACGUAUUACGAUUUCACCCGGCCAGAAACCGAUUUCGAGGCUCGAGAAGCUGAGCGCUGGUUUGAAACCACAGGAUUUUGUUCUACCCUGCAAUUACAAUCAUAUGAUGAACCCAAAUCACCGGUCAAGUCACGUCUACUGAAGAGUUCAAGUUUCAUGAAUCCCACGGCAAGUCUGUUGGCCAAGCAAAAUUGUCCUCCACAAAUUCAAUGUGACCGAUUACUAAGAAGAUCUCAGAAGUUAGUUAAAAAUGAGGACAAUAUGUCCCAGAAGUUGGUAAAAGAUGACGAGAAGAGUUCACGGAAUUCUUCCAUGAACGGAACCCAGGCUACCAAAAGGCAAAAGCUCGAGGCCGGUUUUUCCCGCAAGGUUGCUCGUUUGAAGCAUCAAGCUCUUUUUUUACACAAGGCACCAAAAAAGGUUGGACUAGUUGACGUUCGUACAUCAUUUGCGAAACCGAAAGCUACAAUUCCGAGAGAACCUAAUCUAGAAACAGCUUGUAGGGCAGAAAGGCGUAGGUCCAAGAUUAACGUGGAGUCGGUUGAAAAUACAAAAUCAAAUGCUUCUACCUUUAAAGCAAGACCCUUGAAUAAAAAAAUUCUUGAGGCUCCUUCACUUCCCCUCGCUAAAAAGAGCACUCCGCAGCUACCAGAAUUUCAGGUGUUUCAUUUGAGGACGUCAAAGAGGGCUAUGCAAUAUGAAUCUGUUAACGCAGCAAAAGCACCGAGUUCUAGCCCUAGUCCACAAAAUCAAACCAAAAGCUCUAGAAGAGUAACCCCUGUUGCCGCCUUAAAGGAGAAAUUGGAAGCACUUGAUAAAUUUAAAGCUCGCUGUCUUAAUAAAAAGGAACGCAAUAUUCCGAAUGAUAGAAGAUUCCCCAAUGAGCCACCAAUAGAAGCAUUUAGUAAGCUCUCCCUAAAAUCUGAAGACUCUGAUGCAAAAUCUCGGUCAAAAAUGCCACUGCAUCAUAAGGGGUCAAAGGAGAAUGCACCAGAUUCUCUCCAUCCAGGAUAUAAGAUGAAGAAUGCUGCCAAAUCACAAAGGCUUUGUGGCAAACCUUUUCAAUGUGGAAGCAAUGGGAGGGUGCGUUCAAUAGUACCACAAAUCAACAGGAGCUUUCACAUACGCUGAUGGCGGUGCAGAUAAAUCCUUCCAAGGUCCUAACAUUGUUGAAUUUUGCCUACUUGUGUCUACGAGUUGUAAAUAAAUAUUAUAGAUACCCAUCCCAAACCAAUAGGCUGUAAGUAAGGAGUAGCUUCAAGAGGAAAUAAUAUGUUAUUCAUAGCUGCAAAGGAAGUGUAAUCGAUUUUGGAGACCAAGUGUAUAUAUAGCAUUGGUGUUAAAAUUUCUUUUG